GAUGAUAAUGAUGAGCUUCGCCGCUCUCCGGGGACCCUGUUUUUACUGCACCUGAGCUUAACCUAUCGUGGCAAAGCUGCUGACACGUGGGCAGUUGGAGUUACCUUGUACUGUCUGGUGUUUGGACAAUACCCCUUUCUUGGAGACACACUGCAGGAUACAUAUGACAAGAUUGUUAAUAAUCCUUUGUCUCUCCCUGAUGGUAUGAACCCCUUACUGAAGAAUGUGCUUGAGGGGCUUCUCUGCAAAGACCCAAUACACAGGAUGACUCUUGAGGCUGUUGCAGAGCAUGCGUGGGUCAUUGGAGAAGAUGGACCUAUUCCGCACUAUCUGUGUUGGUGCAAACGUAACCGGUUGCAGAUGGUAGGAUCUGAUGAGAGCCAAGCCGAUACUCUUAUUUAA